AUGGACCCCAUUCCCUCAGAUUGUCAACGCAGACGCGUAUUUGUCGUUGGCCUGGGCAUGGUCGGCAUCGCUUUCAUCGAAAAGCUGCUGAACCUCGAUAUAGCCCAAAAUUACCACAUCACCACCUGUGGGGAAGAACCCCACUUCGCGUACAACCGUGUUGGCCUGACGGACUAUUUCCAGCAUCGGAGCAUCGAGAACUUGUACUUGAACAGCCCAUCGUGGUAUGCCGAGCAGGAACCCGAUCGGUUCCAGUUCUAUAUCGGAGAACAAGUCACUGACAUCGACACCAAAGCCAAAACGGUGACGACUAGCAAGAACAACACAUUCUCGUACGACAUCCUUGUUCUCGCGACUGGUUCUGAGGCCGCAUACCCACCUUAUAUCACUCCAGCACAAGCCAGCUCCACUGAUGGUAUCUACGUUUACCGAUCGAUCGCAGACCUCGAGAAGAUCAUUGAAUAUGCCAGCCGCGAAGGUGUCGAAUCAGCGAGCAUUGUGGGCGGAGGGCUUUUGGGUCUGGAAGCCGCGAAAGCGGUUUAUGAUCUCCAUUUGCCGCGAGUCUCCAUCAUGAAUCGUCAAUCGUACCUACUGUCCAGGCAACUCGACGCUGACGCCGGAGAGAUGGUCCUGCGCAAAGUCGAGGCAAUGGGCGUCCAGAUCGUAACCAAUGCCAAAGUCGCUGGAAUCACCACUAAUACCGCUUUUGCGGGUGACCACGAGCGCUUCACUGGGUUCCAGAUGGACGACGGCUCUCACUUUGCUAGCGACAUGGUCAUCUGUGCUGUAGGCAUUCGGGGUCGAGAUGACUUGGCGAAGAAUAGUGGUAUCAUGUGCGAGGCCAAGGGAGGGGUUAAAGUGGACGACGAUUUACGAACAUCAGCUGCAGAUGUUUACGCUAUAGGGGAGUGCGCAAAUUGGAGAGGUAACACUUACGGAUUAAUUGCUCCCGGAAUAGAAAUGGCCGACAUUCUCUCGUUCAAUCUUACACAGACGAACACUUCAAUGGGAACCCACUUACCUCGCAAGAUGAAUGACCCGGACCUGUCGACCAAGCUAAAGCUCAUGGGCGUCGAUGUCGCGUCUUUCGGUGACUUUUUCGCGGACAAAGAUCCUUCUCGAAUGCAAUCUUCGAUCGAGUUCCACAGGAGAAAACAAGCAGAGAAACAAGCAGAGAAGAACGGUGCCAGAAAGGAAGGGCAAGCGAAACUGCAGAUCAUAUUGGAGGAUGGUGGCGUCGAAGCAGUGCACAAAGACCCGACCCCGCCAAAGAUCAAGCAUAGGGGGGUGAACUUGCGCGACGAACCGAUCAAGUGUCUGACAUACAAGGAUCCUUUCGGGUCCGUAUACAAAAAGUACAUCUUCACUGCUGAUGGCAAAUAUCUGCUUGGUGGUAUGAUGAUCGGAGACGUUUCCGACUACACCAAGCUCGUCGCGAUUGUGAAGAAGCGCAAGCCCCUCGAUCAGCCUCCAUCACAGUUCAUCGUGGGUUCCAAAAGCGAUGGUGGCGACGACGGAGCAGAUUUGGACGGUGACGCACAGAUUUGCAGCUGCCAUAAUGUGACCAAAGGGAAAAUUAGCGCGUGCGUGCGCUCGGGACGCGACAACUUGAACGACCUCAAGGCCUUGACCAAGGCUGGAACUGGGUGCGGUGGUUGCAUGCCGCUCGUUACCAGCAUCUUCAAGACGGAGAUGAAAAAAAGCGGCAAGGAGCUCAGCCCAGCGCUUUGCGCUCAUUUUGACAUGCCGCGCGCUGACCUCUUCAAUGUCAUCCGAAUCAAGCGACUAGAGACAUGGACCGACGUCAUUCGCGAGCUGGGGAAGAAGUCGGUGGAUACCGUGGGGUGCGAGACCUGCAAGCCGGCGGUCGGAAGCAUCCUCGCCAGCCUGUUCAAUCGUCACGUCAUGGAGCCUGACCUUCAUCAACUCCAAGACACCAACGACAGAUUUCUCGCCAAUAUACAGCGGAACGGCACGUUCUCUGUUGUCCCACGGAUUGCCGGCGGCGAGCUAACCCCUGACGCACUCAUCACCAUCGGGACGGUGGCAAAGAAGUACAAGCUGUACACCAAGAUUACCGGCGGGCAGCGCAUCGACAUGUUCGGCGCGAAGAAGGCAGACCUGCCCGAUAUCUGGGAAGAGUUGGUGAAAGCGGGCUUCGAGAGUGGGCACGCGUAUGGCAAGGCGCUGCGGACGGUGAAGAGCUGUGUUGGGACAUCGUGGUGCCGUUAUGGUGUCGGCGACGCUGUCGGGAUGGCCAUCGAGCUCGAAAACAGGUACAGAGGCGUGCGCGCGCCGCACAAGAUCAAAGGAGGCGUGUCAGGAUGCAUCCGAGAGUGCGCCGAGGCACAGAGCAAGGACUUUGGGUUGAUCGCUACAGACAAAGGGUGGAACAUUUUCAUCGCGGGCAACGGCGGUGCCAACCCACGCCAUGCUUCGUUGUUUGCCAAAGAUGUCCUCCCGUCCCAGGUCGUCCGAAUCCUCGACCGGUACUUGAUGUUCUAUAUCCGCACGGCGGACAAACUGAUGCGGACAGCACGAUGGGUAGAGAGCUUCGAGGGCGGCAAACUAAAAAAGAUCAUCCUGGAAGACGAACUAGGGAUUUGUGGAGACCUCGAACGCGAGAUGAGCGAACUAGUGGGGACCUUCGAGUGCGAGUGGACCCAAGUUGUCAAGGACCCGAAACGUCGGAAAGCCUUCCGGCAGUUCGUGAACUCGGAUGAGACCGUCCAGACUAUUGACAAUAUCGUCGAACGUGGGCAGUUACGUCCUGCAGAUUGGCCCAAGGCAUUCCCGCCGUCGAAGAUGGAAGUAAGUCAGAUUGCAACGCCGAGGUCGCAGUGGAAAUGGAGAAAGAUGGCGAAGGUGGAAGAUCUUGUCCCCAGUGAUGCGGGAACGACGUCGGCAGCAGUCAAGUACGGUGCCUCUGCGUUAGCCAUCUUUCAUGUGCCUCGGCGUGGAUACUACGCCACACAACAGAUGUGUCCCCACAAACAUGCAUUCGUCCUUGACCACGGUUUGGUUGGAGAUGACGCGAACGGGAAUCUCUACGUCUCCUGCCCACUGCACAAGAAAAACUUUUCCCUCGACAACGGCGACUGCUUCAACGACGGGCAAUACAAAAUCCUCGCGUUCGACGUGAAACAGGACGGGGAGGACCUGCUCAUUCAUCUCCCCGAGGCGGACGAGUUGGACGCGGUACUCAACACCACGAAGUGGAUGGUAAAAGCUGCGACGGCAGAAGCGCUGGAGAGGAACGAUGCGACUGAAGUGGAGAUCGUCGGCCCUGAUGGCGAGAGCGCAGGUAGCGAUUUGAAUGUAGGAGAAUGCGCGUCUGCGGCAGGCGGGUGUGGAUCAACAGAGCUGGAUUGGUAG